ACACUCAGUCCUUUUUUAGUUUGUUAGCAUCAUACUGCUGCAUUGGUCGGUUCUUUGUUUGAUUGUACCGUGCAACAUUUUUUUUAUUCUAUAAAAAAAUAAUUAAAAAUACAUUUAACUGUACGAAUACUAAGAGAAUGUCUUCUUAUCGGCGUGCAACUCACUCUGGAAGUUGGUACACCGAUUCUGGUUCCGAAUUAAAUAGACAAUUGGAUAAGUGGUUAAAUGAUGCCGAAUUAAGUUUUGGGCCAGCUCGAGCCAUUAUUGCACCGCAUGCAGGGUAUUCAUACUGCGGUGCGAAUGGCGGUUACGCUUAUAGACAAGUUAGUCCAGCAGUGGUGAAAAGAGUUUUUAUUCUUGGGCCAUGCCAUCACGUACGAAUUUCGACGUGCGCCUUAUCCAAUUUUACAACGAUGAAAACGCCAUUGUACGAUCUCAAAGUCGAUGCUGAAAUUAACAGAGAAUUAGCCGAAGUUGGAUUCACGUAUAUUCCGAAAGACGCUGACGAAGAUGAACACAGCAUAGAGAUGCAUCUUCCAUACGUUGCCAAAGUGAUGGAAGACUUUAAAGAUCAAUUCACGAUCGUUCCAAUAAUGGUUGGUGGACUGACACCGGAAAAGGAGGCAAUUUAUGGCGAGAAGCUAGCCAAAUACUUGGCUGAUCCACAGAAUUUAUUUGUUAUUUCUUCCGAUUUCUGUCACUGGGGUGAACGUUUUCGAUACACCAAUUAUGAUGAGUCGUGUGGACCCAUCUACAAGUCCAUUGAGGUCUUGGACAAGCAGGGAAUGAACAUUAUCGAAUCGUUGAAUCCGAAAGAGUUUACGAAAUAUUUAAAAAAUUGUGGAAACACAAUUUGUGGUCGCCAUCCCAUUGGAGUAUUAUUACAGAGCAUAAGUACCCUUCAAGCUCGUAAUUACAAAAUGAGUCUAAAGUUUCUGAAAUACGAUCAAAGCAGCAAAUGCAGAGACUUUUCGGAUUCCAGUGUUAGUUAUGCAUCGGCGUCGUUAAUAUUCGAAUAAUACGUUAGGCCGUAUUAGUUCAGUGCCGCUGUUCAGUCU